ACAAGAACGUCGUGCGAAUCCUCGCAGCUAUCUUGGGAAAAUGCGACGCCUUCACGUCUAGCCAAGUCAACGACUUCGCUAAGGCAUGUAAGAAUUCAUUUGAAUUUCUGGCUACUUCCUACAAGAUGCGCCUCCUCUCGAAUCUCCUCAUCACCUGCAUCCUAGGCCUAACGAGUACCGCCCUUGUCGUGGCCUCCUCCGCCGCAGCGAACCCUCUCGCCGCCCAACGACCCAUCUCACACCCCGACACCGAUAGCGAUGGCUCCUCGACAGCCUCCAUUUCCCCUUCCCUCUUCACCUCCCUCGAGCGCUUCGCCCGCCUCGUCGACAUCGCCUACUGCGUCGGCACCUCGGGCAUCUACCAGCCCUUCACCUGCGCCUCCCGGUGCAAGGACUUUCCCAACCUUCACCUCGCGUCGACCUGGAACACGGGCGUGCUCAUGAGCGACAGCUGCGGGUAUGUGGCUGUCGACCACGGCUCAGAGGAUGGCAGGGAACAGCCGGCGAUUAUCGUCGCGUUUCGUGGCACGUAUAGCCUGACCAACACGGUCAUAGACCUGUCCACAGUGCCACAGGAAUACGUGCCGUACCCGGACCCAGACGAGGGUGAUGACGACGGCGGAGACAACGGCGGCACCAGCGAGCAGAGAUGUACAAACUGCACCGUGCACAUGGGCUUCCUCGAGAGCUGGCGGCAGGCCAGGAGGCUGGUCCUGCCGACCGUGAAGAGCGCGAGGGCGAAGCACCCGGGCUACCCAGUGCGUCUUGUGGGCCACUCCCUCGGCGGCGCGGUAGCGUGCCUUGCGGCGCUGGAGAUGAAGGUCGCACUGGGGUGGGAUGACCUGGUAGUCACCACGUUCGGAGAGCCGCAGGUCGGCAACGCGGGGUUCGUCGCGUUCGUCGACAGGGUAUUUAGUCUCAACGGAAGCCCUCCCCAGGAUGAUGAGGACGAGAAGGGGUGGGCCUACCGCCGCGUGACGCAUGUCAAGGACCCCGUCCCGCUGCUGCCGCUGAGCGAGUGGGGGUACAGGCCGCACGCGGGCGAGGUUUUCAUCACCAAGAAGGAGCUGUCGCCCAGCGUCGAGGACCUGAGGCUAUGCCGGGGCGACGAGGAUCAGGGCUGCAUCGCCGAGGGCAGCGAGAGCAGCAGGCUGCAGCUCUGGCAGCUGCUCUUUGCGCACCGGGACUAUUUCUGGAGGCUGGGCCUCUGUGUUCCCGGCGGGGAUCCGUCGGAUUGGGGACGGCCACCGUAUGAUGUGAAUCAGCCGGAUGAGCUAUGAGAAUGGGAGAGUGUGUAGUAUUGGGAUAAUAGCGGCCUGCAGACACCUCAAUGGCUGUGGUUGCUUUUUUGGGACUUGUGCUCGGGCCUUCGCUCAAGAGCUACGUGCAUGGCAUUUGGCUUAUCGCGAUGGCAUCGUCGUCCGUUCUUCUGAGGUUGGGAAACAUAGGAUACACUGAUUCAUGGCAACCAGUAAUUACGCUCAUGACAAAACAGAAUGACCUGACAUUAAUGAUAUAUGUAGUACAUAUUAAAUACCAAAGAGGUACUCAACC